AUGUUAGACAGGGAAAGAGUUGGUAAAAAUUUAGCUCACGUGCUGAGCAAACAAAGCAUGCUGGCGAAGACGUACCUCCUGGCUUACAAUAUUGUCCAGGUCAUUGGCUGGUCUUAUUUGGGAUUACAAAUUUCUCGACAUUUUUGGAAUGGAAGGAGAGUGGAAACGUUAUGGAGCCAAGUGGAAACCACCGUCGUUGUUUUCCAGACUCUAGCCGUAUUGGAAAUCUUACACAGUUUGUUGCGACUUGUGCGAUCUUCCGUUGCUGUAACAGUGAUGCAGGUGGCAUCCCGGUUGUUCUUGGUUUGGUAUGUAUGUCUGGUGAGCGUCGACAGUCGUCGCAGUUACGGAGUGCCGUUGAUGCUCACCGCCUGGACGUCUGUUGAAGUCAUCCGGUAUUCCUACUAUGCGUUCGGGAUUGUGGGAAUGGAGCCGAAGUUGAUUCAGUGGCUGCGGUACACUGCAUUCAUCGUUCUUUACCCGAUGGGAGUCUCGGGAGAGAUGAUCUGCGCCAGCAAUGCCUUGAAGUACUACGCCGAAGAGAGGCCUUUCAGUCUGGAUAUGCCAAAUAUUCUGAAUGCCACGUUCGAUUCCUAUUAUUUGCUAGUGUUCACCAUGCUGACUUACGUACCCGCAGUGGAUGAACUCGUAAAGACGUUUUAUGACGGUUAUGAAGAAGACGAAGACCAACGUCGUUUGUGCGUCGAACACGUUAAAGAUGCGUUCGUUCGCGGUCGUCGGGCGUAUACGACACUAGCCCUCACCAAGGAGCGUCUUGAAAAUCUGACGGAUAAGUUGCGUGUGGAUAGUGCCGUGCGUAAAGCCGAUGCCCUUGUUGCUGCUGCCAGUGACGUCCUCGCGACGGAUUCUCCUCUGAAGGAAGAAAACCGCAUGUCAUGGAAGCUGCUCAGUGUGGUGUUGCAGUUGGCUUCGAGGCCCUGCGAAUGUAUCGACGAACAGGACGAAAUCGUGCAGCAGCUGCUCUCCAGUUCUGGAAGCACACCAGCGACGGAUCUGGCUUCGUUUCUACCCGCAGUCGAUGCGGUGGAGUCUCCUUAUCGAUUUGAAUUUGACGAAGCAUCAACAGACGACCGUCUGAGUAGUGGAUCGGAAUUCGAAUUCAGCGAAUCUGAAGAAGAGGAAGCCCGUGUUCAUCGUGAAGAUUCAGCGUUGCGAGAAUUUGGAGAUUGUGUGGUGGAGGAUUUGAGUUUGGAGAGAUACUGGAGAAGUGAGCAGAAAAUAAUUUGCGACGAGUGGUGGAUUUUGAGAGAGGCCCAGAGUUUGGCCCUCUCUUUGCAUAACCAGCAGAAAGCGUUUCCGGUUCACAAUGGCGUAAUCCGUUUGUCAGUUUCGGUUGCCGUGCAGGAUGUGCUGUGGAGUCUCCGAGAUUCGGAUUAUGCGUCUACCCGAAGUUACUGCUUCUACCGGAAUGAUUCCUCAAAUUUUGCCGUACGGAAGUACGUUACCGUCAAUGAAAUGUCUCCUGAAGCCUUCGCCAGCUUCAUGUCUGGUCAGAUUUUACCAACGUUGCAAUCCGUGUCAUACUUGAGGAAUGGUGUUGAUUGGCCGCGAUUUCAGCAGUUGAUGGAAAGCUCUUUCGUACCUUGGCAAAUUUGUCUUUGUCAAAAAUUGAUGAUUUCUGGUUUGACUCCGAUGGUGAAUGCCUUGGACAUUUGGUUCAGCACGGGGAAUAUACCCGAAGACUUCGGCAAAGAGUUCCCUGCGUUAUUGGCCAAAGCCAAGGGCAGUGAUCGUGGUUGGGAAAUGCUGCCCGGGUUUCUGGUGGAGCUUGCGAUGGACGUUGCUGCCAUAGCCGAUUUUGAAGCCCAACUUCCGUGUGAUGGGAAAUUACGGAAGCCGUGGACAGAGCUUGAAAAAGCGCGAGAAGUCGACGCGGAUGUACACGCAUUUCGAAGGUUGAUUCAAGAAACUUUAUGCAAACCUCUGAAAGCCUUGGCAGUGGAAAGCAAGCAGCGUUUGAGGCAUCAUCUUCACACCGAACUAGGGAUAGUCGCAAUUGUUCAGUCGCUUCCGGAGGUGCUUUUACUCCAAGCGGAAACCACGUGUGGUUGUUACUCGUCAGCACACGAUGGUUCAGACGUGUACUUUGAACCACCCGAAGAGUGGCCGUCUCUGGCCAAGGUUCAAGUGGAGUCCUGGUUGAGUACGUUGUACACGGUUGGCAAGAGAAUGAGGAUUCUGCGAGAAGUCACGCUGCGUUUGAGUCAUCUACGCUUCCGAUUAAUCAAAAGCGUGGGAAAGGCGGAGCGGGUUUUGUUGGUGCAUCUCAAAAUCGUGUGUUUUGGCUUUGUUUCCCGUCUGGCUGCGUUUCUUUGGCACGGUGUUGCCGGAGACAGUGUUUCUAGGAUGAGUUCUGUCAUACAGGAAGACGCUAUAUGUGCCGGAGAGAGGUUGAUUGACAGGUUGAAUGGAUUGGAUUUGUGGUCCGAAAAGAGAUUCGGGAAAGAAGUUGAUCUUUUGUUGAAAAUUUCCCUGGCUGUGGUGGAAGCCUGGGACAUUUUAUUGCCAAGAAAGUCCGUUCUCCAGGACUGGCUGAAAAAGGCUCAGGCUGGAGUGAUCAGGGGCUUGGUGGUUGUCAGAAAUUUCCAGGGUAGGGCUGAAAAGUUGGAUGCUGGGGCUCAUUUCCAAAGUGCUUUCGGGGAUUUGCACGAGUGGUCUGUUUGGAAAGUUUGA